GCGGCCGGCGCUGGAACCGCGGCUCGCCGCCAGCUCUGCCGGGCGUUAAGGGCCGGGGGCCGAGGUUCACGGGAGGCGACAGCGAGCGGCCGGGCGGCCGGGGAGAGAGCGACAGGCGGUGCGGGGACCGAUUCCGGGUGUCCGGGCCAUGCUGGCCUGGCGGCUGCGCUGAGCAGAGGCCGAGCCCGGGACGCGCCGAGGGAUUGCGGGGCUGCGGGUCAUGGAUGCGGCGGCAGCGGCGCGGGACGGCGGGAGCCCAGCCGCGACCAGGUGAGGAGGCGGCGUCCGGCGCCACAGCAGCCGCGGCGGCCUCGGAGGAAGAGGGCUCGCCGCCGCGCGCCCGCCCGCCCGCCGUCGCUGCCCUUCCUGUUGGGAUUAUCUUCUGCUCCCCGCUGCUUCUUCGCUCCCCGCGGUCGAAGCCGCCUCUGGGCUUCAGCGGCUCGGACUCCUUGGCAGCCGGUGCCUCUGCUACCUGGGCCUCGUAGCUGGGAGACCCUUGGGCGAGACCAUGAGGAAAUUCAACAUCAGGAAGGUGCUGGACGGCCUGACCGCAGGCUCGUCCUCGGCCUCUCAACAGCAGCAACAGCAGCAGCACCCGCCUGGGAACCGGGAGCCCGAGAUCCAGGAGACGCUCCAGUCCGAGCACUUCCAACUCUGCAAGACUGUUCGCCAUGGAUUUCCCUAUCAGCCCUCAGCCCUGGCCUUUGAUCCCGUUCAGAAGAUCCUGGCGGUAGGAACCCAGACUGGUGCUUUAAGGCUCUUUGGUCGUCCAGGGGUGGAGUGUUAUUGCCAGCAUGACAGUGGAGCGGCAGUGAUUCAACUCCAGUUCCUGAUUAACGAGGGAGCCCUUGUGAGUGCCUUGGCUGAUGACACCUUACACUUGUGGAAUUUACGUCAGAAAAGGCCUGCUGUGUUACAUUCACUCAAAUUUUGCAGAGAAAGGGUUACAUUUUGCCAUCUGCCUUUCCAGAGUAAGUGGCUCUAUGUGGGCACGGAACGAGGUAACAUACAUAUUGUCAAUGUGGAGUCCUUCACACUCUCAGGCUACGUCAUUAUGUGGAAUAAAGCCAUCGAACUGUCAUCUAAAUCUCACCCAGGACCUGUUGUCCAUAUAAGUGAUAAUCCCAUGGACGAGGGGAAGCUUUUGAUUGGCUUUGAAUCUGGAACAGUAGUCUUAUGGGACCUCAAGUCAAAGAAGGCUGACUACAGGUACACUUACGACGAGGCUAUUCACUCUGUGGCUUGGCAUCAUGAAGGAAAACAGUUUAUUUGCAGUCAUUCUGAUGGUACAUUGACCAUAUGGAAUGUGAGGUCCCCUACUAAACCUGUACAGACCAUCACUCCUCACGGAAAACAGUUAAAGGAUGGGAAGAAACCUGAGCCGUGCAAGCCUAUCCUCAAGGUGGAGUUCAAGACGACGAGAUCGGGGGAACCUUUUAUUAUUUUGUCGGGAGGCUUAUCAUAUGACACCGUGGGAAGAAGACCUUGCUUAACAGUGAUGCACGGGAAAAGCACGGCAGUGCUGGAAAUGGACUAUUCAAUUGUCGACUUUCUCACACUCUGUGAAACGCCAUAUCCAAAUGAUUUUCAGGAACCGUAUGCUGUGGUUGUUCUCCUGGAGAAGGAUUUAGUGCUGAUAGACCUGGCACAGAAUGGAUACCCUAUAUUUGAGAAUCCCUACCCUUUGAGUAUACACGAGUCCCCUGUUACAUGUUGUGAAUAUUUUGCUGAUUGUCCUGUGGACCUUAUUCCUGCACUUUAUUCUGUUGGAGCUAGACAGAAACGUCAAGGUUACAGCAAAAAGGAAUGGCCCAUCAAUGGUGGUAAUUGGGGCUUGGGUGCUCAAAGUUACCCAGAAAUAAUUAUUACAGGGCAUGCUGAUGGCUCAAUUAAAUUCUGGGAUGCUUCUGCAAUAACUCUACAAGUACUGUAUAAAUUAAAAACAUCUAAAGUAUUUGAAAAGUCAAGAAAUAAAGAUGACAGACAGAACACCGACAUUGUGGAUGAAGAUCCAUAUGCCAUUCAGAUCAUCUCCUGGUGCCCAGAGAGCAGAAUGCUGUGCAUAGCCGGAGUGUCGGCUCAUGUCAUCAUUUAUAGAUUCAGCAAGCAGGAAGUGGUUACAGAAGUCAUUCCGAUGCUUGAAGUCCGACUGUUAUAUGAAAUAAAUGAUGUGGAAACGCCAGAGGGUGAGCAGCCACCCCCUUUGUCCACCCCCGUGGGCAGCUCCAACUCUCAGCCCAUCCCCCCUCAGUCUCAUCCGUCUACCAGCAGCAGCUCAUCGGAUGGGCUUCGCGAUAAUGUACCGUGUUUAAAAGUUAAAAACUCACCACUUAAACAGUCUCCCGGCUAUCAGACAGAGCUAGUCAUUCAGUUGGUGUGGGUGGCUGGAGAACCCCCGCAGCAGAUCACCAGCCUAGCACUCAACUCUUCCUACGGACUGGUGGUUUUCGGCAACUCCAAUGGCAUCGCAAUGGUUGACUACCUCCAGAAAGCAGUGCUGCUCAACCUCAGCACCAUUGAACUAUACGGCUCAAAUGAUCCUUAUCGGAGAGAACCGCGGUCGCCCCGCAAAUCUCGACAGCCUUCAGGAGCGGGCCUGUGUGAUAUUACCGAAGGAACUGUCGUCCCAGAGGAUCGCUGCAAAUCUCCAACUUCCGGUUCUUCCUCGCCACACAAUUCAGACGAUGAACAAAAAGUGAAUAAUUUUAUAGAAAAGGUGAAGACCCAAAGCAGAAAGUUUUCCAAGAUGGUAGCCAGUGAUCUAGCAAAGAUGUCAAGGAAAUUAAGCUUGCCAACUGAUCUAAAGCCUGAUUUAGAUGUGAAAGACAAUUCCUUCAGCAGAUCUCGGAGUUCAAGUGUGACCAGCAUUGACAAAGAGUCCCGGGAAGCCAUCUCUGCUCUUCAUUUCUGUGAGACUUUCACAAGGAAGGCAGACUCCUCCCCCUCCCCGUGCCUGUGGGUGGGAACCACGGUGGGAACUGCCUUUGUCAUCACGCUGAAUCUCCCCCUGGGGCCUGAGCAGAGACUGCUUCAGCCAGUGAUUGUGUCUCCAAGCGGUACUAUAUUGAGGUUAAAAGGUGCAAUCUUGAGAAUGGCAUUUCUGGAUGCCACGGGCUGCUUAAUGCCACCUGCAUACGAACCCUGGAAAGAGCACAACGUUCCUGAAGAAAAAGACGAAAAGGAGAAAUUGAAAAAGCGGCGACCUGUCUCAGUGUCCCCCUCCUCUUCUCAGGAAAUUAGUGAAAACCAGUACGCAGUGAUAUGUUCUGAAAAGCAAGCAAAGGUCAUCUCACUGCCAACCCAGAACUGUGCAUACAAGCAGAACAUCACUGAGACGUCCUUCGUGCUCCGUGGAGACAUUGUCGCCCUGAGUAACAGUGUCUGCCUCGCCUGCUUCUGUGCCAAUGGCCACAUUAUGACUUUCAGUUUGCCGAGCUUGAGGCCUCUGCUGGAUGUCUACUACCUGCCCCUUACCAACAUGCGGAUAGCCAGGACGUUCUGCUUCGCCAACAGUGGGCAAGCCUUAUACCUUGUUUCACCUACUGAAAUCCAGAGACUCACCUACAGUCAGGAGACGUGUGAAAACCUUCAGGAGAUGCUUGGUGAGCUCUUCACGCCUGUAGAAACACCAGAAGCACCAAACAGAGGGUUCUUCAAAGGCUUAUUUGGAGGUGGUGCACAAUCUCUUGAUAGAGAAGAACUGUUUGGAGAGUCAUCCUCGGGAAAGGCAUCAAGGAGCCUUGCACAGCACAUCCCGGGUCCUGGCGGGAUCGAAGGUGUGAAGGGAGCCGCGUCGGGAGUGGUGGGAGAACUGGCCCGAGCCAGGCUGGCCCUCGACGAGAGAGGACAGAAGCUCAGCGACUUGGAAGAGAGGACCGCAGCCAUGAUGUCCAGCGCAGACUCGUUUUCCAAACACGCUCACGAGGUAUGCCUGCCUCACGGCCACCCAAAGAGCUAGACAAGCAAAUGGGGG